GCAGAAUACAGCCUUCCCCAUUAUUAUUUAGCUUCAGUCAUGGGAUUCGAACGUUUUGAGAUCGUGUUGGAGAACCGUAAUGGGAUUUUUUACCCAGGUCAAACUAUUAUCGGUGUUGUCCACGUAUCAAAUGCCAAAAGUGAAACUAUAAGAGGUAUUCAAGUUGAUUGCAGUGGAGUGGCAGAAGUUCGUAUCCCAGGGAAAGAUGCGAAAAACACUUACAAUUCGACAGGAUGUGACUUUUACUGCGCGAGAGAACAAUAUUUCGAUUUCAAAUUCUCACUAGUCAAUCCAGGGCAGCAUGCUGUCGAAUUGGCGGCAGGUCACCAUCAAUAUCCGUUCACCUUCGUUCUGCCAACGCAGAUCCCUCCGUCGUUCGAAGGACCUUACGGCCAUAUUCGCUAUAAUAUUCAAGCUGUCGCCCAGCGUACUUGGCUAAAGCGAGAAUACGUUUGCAACAGCAAUCUGACUGUCAAUGCAAUCGUCGAUCUCAAUACCAUGCCCAAGACAGAGCUACCAGUAAAAAAAAUCAAGUCAAAAACACUUGGUUUAUUAUGUUGCAAAUCGGCCCCCAUUUCUGCACAAGCGCAGAUCGAACGCGCUGGCUACGUACCGGGAGAAACGAUCAUUUUGCACGCACAUACCGAUAACGAGAGUGGUAUAUCGAUGCGAGGUUCUAAAGCUCAACUUGUUCAGAUUACCAAGUUUAUCGCUGAAGGGCAAACGAACUGCGAAUCUAAAGUCCUAAAAGCUUACAUUCACGAAAGCUUUAUUGAAACUGAUGUUAUGGAUAACGUAAAAUUCGUUGUUCCUCAAGUACCACCUUCUACCCUGCCGUUUUGCGGAAUCAUGGAUAUAUCAUACCAAGUUCAAUAUAUAGUUGACCCUGGUACUUUGUCGAUUAACGUGACCAUCAACCUUGAUCUGGUGAUCGGUACGAUCCCACUCCGUUCUCAUACGGUCCCAAGCACAACCACAGUGUCAAAUAACUCCGUACCUAUUCUUGAUCAUUGGACGAUCCCUGACGUCCGUGGAAGUGAAUGGGUUCGCCCGUCUGCUCCUCCACCGAGUUACGAAGAAAUUGUUCAAGUCGGAGACGCACGAUAG